GCAGAAGCAACGGCAGCACAUUCUGUACACGUUGGUACCUCCCUGAGUGUAUCGCUCGUCUCACUGUACUGGAGGUGCUUUGCAUAAGGGAGUUGCUUUCGCCUCAACAGUGUGCUAGACGCUACCUGAAGUCAUGGCUGACCAGGUGGCCGCCAUGUGUGAUCAGCUUGUGAAAGCUGUGAAUGUGAUUAUGGACGCAGAAACAAGUCAAAUUUACCGACUGGAGGCCCUAAAGUUUUGUGAAGAAUUUAAAGAGACGAGCUCCUUGUGUGUCCCAUGUGGCUUACAAUUAGCUGACAAAGCCCAGCCAGCAGUAGUGAGACACUUUGGUUUGCAAAUCCUGGAGCAUAUCAUCAAAUUCAGAUGGAACGACAUGCAGCAACAGGAGAAAGUCCACCUGAAGGAGUGCGCCAUGCAGCUGUUAUCAAAUGGUACUCAUUCGAUCUUGGAUGAGGAGAGCCACAUCAAAGAUGCCCUGUCACGAAUAGUUGUGGAAAUGAUAAAAAGAGAAUGGCCUCAGCAUUGGCCAGAUAUGCUGAAAGAGAUGGAGACUCUCACUAGCCAAGGGGAGGCCCAGACAGAGUUGGUAAUGCUGAUCCUUUUGAGGCUGGCUGAGGAUGUGAUCACCUUCCAGACGUUGCCUACCCAGCGACGCAGAGACAUACAGCAGACACUCACCCAAAACAUGGAAAGCAUCUUCACUUUCAUGAUGGGCAUUCUGCAAAUUAAUGUGGAGGACUAUCGUAAACUGAAAGGUUCUCCUGGAAAUGAACUGCAGAUGAGAGCUCACUGUCGAGUUGCCGUGGCUACGCUGAAUACACUUGCAGGCUACAUAGACUGGGUCGCUCUGGUGUACAUAACCUCCGGAAACUGUCAUCUGCUGGAGAUUUUGUGUCUGCUGCUGAGUGAGCCGGAGCUGCAGCUCGAGGCAGCGGAAUGUCUGCUCAUUGCUAUGAGCCGCAAGGGCAAGCUGGAAGAGAGGAAACCAUUCAUGCUUCUGUUUGAUGAUGUGGCCAUCCAGUAUAUUCUUUCUGCAGCCCAGACAGCAGAUGGACUUGCGAUAUAUCAGAAAUCUGCAGAAUCAUCAUUAAGUAGCCGUGACUCAGAGCCCUCUAUGUGUACCUCUAGAGCAGUGGAGGUGGUGGAGCGGCGUUACAUUUUCCUGAAGAGGCUCUGUCAGGUCCUGUGUGCUUUGGGAGGUCAGCUUUGCUCAUUAGUGGGUUCAGACGUAGAGGUUGAAGUACCUGCAAACCUCAGCAAGUACAUGGAAGCCCUUUUAGCCUUUACUACGCAUUCCAGUCAGUUUUUAAAGUCCUCAACCAUGGCGACAUGGGGAGCUUUGUUCAGACAUGAGGCUCUUUCAAAGGAUGCAGCUGUUGUCAAGAUGGCCGUCAAAUUUCUCAGAGCCUCUAUGACCAACUUAGUUAAGGCUGGGUUCCCAUCUAGAGACAAUAACCCAAGCUGCGAGUACUCCCGUGUGGACUUUGACAGUGAUGAGGACUUCAACUCUUUUUUUAAUUCUUUCCGAGCGCAGCAGGGGGAAGUUUUGAGGAGCACAUGCCGCAUUGUUCCUCUAGAGGCUUUCCGGAUAGGAGCAGAAUGGUUACAGUAUCAGAUUACUAGCCCAAUAGAUACUGGAGAUAACGCAUCUAAGACUGCAGAGGGCCUGUGUUCCCUCUUGUCCCCUUCAGUGGUCCAGUGGGAUGCAAUGACGGUCUUCAUGGAAUGCAUGGUCUCGCAGAUCAUUAAAAGUGUGGAUGAGGAGAAGUUACCCAUUGAUCAGAGCAUGGAGCUCCUGCAAGCCGUGCUGAACUACGAAACCAGAGACCCACUCAUUUUGUCCUGUGUGCUCACCAACGUCUCUGCCCUUUUCCCAUUGGCCAUACACAGACCACACUUCCUGCCACAGGUCCUCAUCAAGCUCUUUAAGGCCGUCACAUUUGAAAUUGAUCACGAACCCAAAGCACCUUGGACUCGAGCUGUGAAGAAUGUGAGGAGGCACGCCUGUUCUUCCAUCAUAAAAAUCUGCCGGGAUUACCCACAGUAUAUGCUGCCUUGUUUUGAGAUGUUUUACAAUCAUGUGAAGGAACUGUUUUCGAGCGGAGUCGCGCUCACUCACAUGGAGAAAUGCGCCCUGAUGGAAGCUCUGGUUCUCAUCAGUAACCAGUUCAAAGACUAUGAGAAGCAGAAGGCGUUUGUAGAUGAACUGAUGGCCUCAGUGGUUGCAGAGUGGACUUCAAAUGAGAUUAGGCAUGUGUUGUGGAACCCAGACACAUUCUUGUCCUUUAUUGGAGCAGAUAAGGUGGUCACGGAGCAAAAUGAAGAUGCAGAUACAGCAGCCAUUAAUAGAGGCAGAUUGAGCUUCUGUUUGUAUGCCAUAUUGGCGGUGGUGAAGCGGGCACACUGGCCUGCAGACCUGGAGGAGGCCAAGGCUGGUGGCUUUGUUGUGGGCUACACUCCUGCUGGAGCUCCCACGUACAGAAACCCCUGCACUGCCCAGUUUCGGAUUUUGCUGCCCAAUUUACUAGCACUAAUCAGGACCCACAACAGUCUUUUCCUGCCUGAGAACAUGGCCCGUCUCAGUGAGACCUUCAGCAGAGCUCAUGAGAUCAUGGAUAGUGAGAAGAAAGUGGUUCUUGGUCUCUCUCAUCAUCUUUUGGAUAUUUACGACUCUCCCGUGUGUAAAACCACGAUAGAGCGCAUGCAGGGAUUUUUCUGCACAUUAUAUGAUAACUGCUACCAAAUCCUGGGAAGUGCAGGUGUGUCCCUGCAGCAGGAGUUCUACAACAUCGACAAGUUGGCUGAAGGAAUAGCUGGCUCUGCUUUCGUCUCCCUCGACCAUGUGCCCGAUCACAGACUUCGCCCAAUGAUUCGUCUGUUUCUGAGGCAGCUGGUGCUGUCUUGUCCCCAGGAGUACUAUGAAAGUCUACUCUGCCCUCUGCUGGGACCAUUGUUCGGCUACAUGCUGCAGAGACUCAACAUGAGGUGGCAGGUCAUCAACCAGCGGACAUCUAUCAAUGGUGAGCAUGAGGAGGAGGAGUUGGUUUGUCAGGAAACCCAAGUGACCCAGGAGAUGUUGGAAGAGCAAGUAGUACGCCUGCUGACGAGGGAGGUGCUGGAACUUCUCACUGUGACCUGCAUUUCCAGAAAGGUAUCUGAACCUGCAGCCAAUAAGGAGGAAAUGGAUGAGGAAGAUGUGAUGAUGGAUUCAGUGCAGUCAGCGUCUCCUGCUCAGCCCACAGAGGAGCUGACAGAGCUGGGGAAAUGUCUCCUGAAGCACGAGAACCUCUACAUGUCCCUGCUGACCCUGUCCUUUACCUCACUUUCCUGGAAGGAUGCCACCAACUGUCAUCGCACUGCUUCCCUGGUCUGCUGGACUCUGCUGCGGCAGGUUGUUGCGGGUAAUCUUCUUACUGAAGCUGUUACGUGGUUCUUUACCAGCGUUCUCAGGGGCCUUCAAGUUCAUGGGCAGCAUGAGGUCUGCAGCUCUACCCUCUCUCAGUUGGCAAUGCUCAUCUAUGAAAACCUGCGGCCUCGCUAUAUGGAGCUGAGAGGAGUGAUGACCCAGAUCCCAAACAUCAAUUUGGAGGCUCUGGACCAGUAUGACCACAGGCUCAUGGACCCCAGUGCCCAGAAGUUUGGAGAAAAGAAGAGAAAAGACCAGUUCAGGAAGCUUAUUGCAGGAACUGUUGGGAAAGCUCUGUGCCAGCAGUUCAGGAAGGAGGUUCAUAUCCGGAAUCUUCCAUCGCUCUUUAAAAAGCCGAAGCCAGAUAAGGAUAUAAUGAACAAUGAACCUCUGGGCCUGGCAGCUCUCUUCUCUCCCAAGAAUGAUGCCCUGUAGGAACACAAAGCGAGUCAAGACUUCACACUGAUUGAAGACGGAGUUGUGUGUACGGACCACCGUCUCUCCUAAACAUCCUCCAGCUGGGGCAGUGUGGCACUACCUAACGUAUCUGUCAACACUGGUGUUGCUUCAGUAGGUCGUCUUUUCUUUUAACCUACAUCGUGCAAUGCCGCCGUUCAUGCCUUAUAACUGCUAGUCAUUUGUACAGUCAAGUAUCACAAAGUAGAAGACUUUUUUUUUUAAGAUCCUUUUGCACAUAAAUGAGAUUUGUAGACUCUACAGAAUCUGUAGGGAUUAUUUCAGAAUGAAGUUCUUACUUAAUAUUUAACCAUUAAUAUUUGCACGGCUGCAGAAGCUGUAAAGAGCCACAAGACUAGUUUUAUUUAAGACUUUUCUGCAUUCUUAUUUUACUUUGGGCUUCUUUAUUUUUAGUCGCUGUAUUUUUCCAUUUCCCAACAUCAGGACACAAGAGGAACUAUUAAGUGUAGCAACUUGCAGUUAAUCAUAUCCAAGUAAGCAAAGCAAGUAAAACAGGUCGGCGUGCAGUUUCCCUGUUGGGGUACGAUGAGGGAAAGAGUGCAUUUGUGUUAUGGCAUGUGGACAGGUGGACUUGUUUUGUUUUUGGUUUUUUUGGGUUUUUUUUCUUUACAAAAAAAUUUAAAGAAUACAUUUUGGAGGUUAGUGUUGGCAGAUACGUUGGUACCCAUGCUGUUGUUGCAUCCCGCGUCGAAAAGAAAGAUCCGAUGGGGGAAAAACUGCUGGUGCACAUUUCUCUGUUCACUUUUUUUUUUUUUUUUUUUUUUUUCUUUCUAUUGACUGGACCAGCUUGAAUUAAUUUUCUGAUUCUGAAGGAUGUGCUGAUGGUACCUCAAGUGUGAUGUUCUUUAUAAUGGGGUAAAGUUCCUCUGUCUAUGUAUAAACUAAGAGGGGAAAAAGUAAUGGAUUAUAUGAAUGAUUUAUUGUAGACGUAAACAGAACAGCGGUCUGUUUUGCAGUUAUUUUUUGCCAGUUCUUCAUAUCGCCACAUGUGAAAACAGCCCGUGUACUGUUUCGAAUUGUUAAUUUAAUGCAGAGCACAUAUCAUACUACAAAUGAUACAACCGCAGUCUGUGCCAAAACACUCAUUGUAAAUUUGUGAGCAGACAGUUGUCUGACAAAUCUAAUUACAUGUAACUUAAGGAGUAUUUAACAGUGGACUCAACUAAUGUGUAGCUUAAUCCAAGUGUUCCUGUUGUGUUCUUGCUGUCUGGUUUUUGUUUUGUUUUUAUUUUUUUAUUUUCAAUACUGGUUUUGCCAACCAGGAAGAAAGGUGAACCAGCACUACAUUCCUUUAUUGUCCAAGGGAUUGUUUUUCAGGAUAAUUUGUUGGAUGAGUUUUGCUCUUAUGGAGCCAUCAAAGCAGUUUUGUUUUGUUUUUUGUGUGUUGUUUUUUGUUUGUUUUUUUUUAAAUUAAACUCUUCACAUCCUUUUUCUACAUCUUGAAUGCUGUUGAACCUAAAGCAAGCUGAAGUACUUCGUUAGUUAUCAAAACUGUUUUCCUUUUAUCAUCAAACUGUUUCCCUGUCUUUGUGCUGAUUGUUCACAUGUGGUUAGUUUUAAAAUGUGUUCAACACUAAAAUGUAAUGUACAAAUGAGAAAAUAGGCUUUUUAAAAGUGUAGUGUGGUUUAUAUUUUGGUUUUUGAAUAAAAACAAAAAAACAGUA